AUGCCAACCUUCAACCUCCACACCAUCUACAUUGUAUAUACUAUACCCUCCCAGCCCAUAUGCUCAGGUGCUCAAGCGGCGCGAGACGCCCAAGGCAGCGCCUCCAGCGUGGAGGAUCAGGUUCUGGUGCUCCAGACCCUCUCGCAAGCGCAGCUGGCCAAUGGCUCACCCAAACAGGCAUUGGACUCGGCCAAUUUGGCCCGCGACCUCAGCCGCGAGCAAGACGACUUUCUGGGGGAGGCGGUGAGCCUCCUCCGCAUCGCGGGCGCGCAGGUCCGCUUGGGCGAUUUGGAGAGCGCCCUCAGCGCCGCCUCCGAUGCGCAGGAGCUCUUCCGGGAGGUGGGCGACCCGCUGGCCGAAGCGGGCGCCGCCGGACUGGUGGUGCGCCUGCAACGGGAGCGCCAAGACCUUUCUGCAGCAAGGUUAGCAGCUGAAACUGCUCGAGCUUUGCUGCGACAGACUGGAGAACUUGCUCGAGAAGUCGCUGCGCUCUUGCUGUCUUCGCAGAUCGCCAGCUUGGAACUGGCCUCCGGCGCUCAGCCGGGCGGCGGCAGCACAGCCCGGGAGUUCUACGAGGGCAAAGGCCGUAACAAGGUCUUGGCCAAGGCGAAGGAAGCGGUGACUCUGUCGAAACGACUGGGCAGCGAGAACCUCAUGGCCAUUGCACGCGUGGCCCACGCGCGCGCCAAGGUCUCCAAUGGCUUGCUUGAAGAAGCCAUGACAGAGAUCAAAGAGGUGCUGCCAGUGUUGGUGGCCUGCGGUGACAAGCGUGCCCAGGGCUCCGCGAAGAUGCUUCAAGCCAAUUUGUCGGUGCUCCAGGGGCAGCCAGACUUAGCCACGGCCAAGGAGGCCAUGGUGGCCAUGCUCAAGCGCUUCCCUUCAGAGUGGGGGAGGGUCGCUAUGAUCUUUCGGUUCUGA